GUCUUUAAACCGCACCCUUUAGUGAAGCUUGAUAGUGCAGGUCUUAACCCGAAUGGGGCAUCAGAUCCCGAUAACAUCCCCACUCUCAUGGCGGGGCAGCGUCCCCAAAGUCUUAUCGGCAACAUUGGUACACCGUCAUAAAUACGUCCAAUGAACAAAUGAAGAUGUUUUUGAAGGUCAUUCUGAAUCUUUCCGUAAAGCUACGGCAUACAUCCUCUUCGCAAUUCCUAAGUUUACGAGGAGGUGAUCAAAAUGGCUGAGGCCAUGCAUCAAUGUCAAAACUGGGCAGCGCAAGCUCUUGAUCGCUCUAUCCAAACAAUAUCUUCACAUCCUCGAUAUGUCUUGUACGGGAUAUCUGCUGUGUGUUUGGCGGCAUGGCUCCUGAUCUCGGCAACACGAUACCUCAAGCAGUCAACCAACACUCGGCCCGCGACCCCAGAUCUUGAAAAGCCAGCAUCUCGAAGUCUCAAAGCCCCUUCCCGAGCUCCUGGAGUAUGGGAGCCGAUGAAAUUUGACCGGCCAGCAGCAGUGCCAGCACUCAAUUGGAAUGUCUACACUUCAAAACCCAAACCAUACCGUCCUUUCAGACACGGCCCUUACCACAUUACGAUGGGCCUCCGAAACAUGGACUGGAACGAAUGGAUAGAACUGGAUAAUCACUACCUAAAGUUCCACGCCGACAAAGCAAAACGUAUCAUCGAACGCGGUCCAAAUUGCAGUCACACCGACCCUUCCGCAUUCGACGGCGCCGUUGAACUCCUCGAAGAAUUCUGCUCCUAUCUCCCAGAACGCUACCCCACCCUCUACAAACGGACUCCCGUCGGCAUGGACAACAUCGUCACCGGUGAGACCUUCAACAUCGUCGAGCGUCCACUGAUCGAGGAUCCGAUGCAGAUGGCCGCGCGCAUGGUGCAAGAUGACCUGGCCAUCAUGUUUGAGAAAGCCGACGGCCAGUAUUACCUGCUCGCGGGCUCCAUCCUACUCGCCGGGUUCUGGAAGCUGGAAGAUAAGCUGGGGAUGCCGUUGAGCGAGAUCCACACCCAUGGUGAUGUUCCAGGCUACAAGGAGAAGCUGGAGAAGGGAAUGAUGAAUUUCUUUCGGAGAGUGCAGCCUAAUGGGCCAGUGCAGCGUAACAACUACUUCAUCCAAGUCGACGACGAGCUCGCCUGGUCCUCCAGUAUUGGCUCAGAGGACGGCCCAGAAGGUACCGUAGGCUGGUUCACGGCUGAGAAGAACAAGGCGAUCGAACAUCACUACUUCCGAUCCGAGCGUCAGAGUCUACGCCGCUUGUCGCGCAGUGGAGGCGUUGUUUUCACGAUCCGCACGUACUUUCAUCCCAUCACGGAGAUUUGCGAGGAGCCGUAUGUUCCAGGCCGGUUGGCGAGCGCGGUGAGGAGUUGGGGCGAUGAUGUCAGUAAGUACAAGGGCAAGGAGAGGUAUCAGGAUGUGUUGUUGGAAUAUCUGGAUGCCAAGCAUAAAGAGCAAGUUGAGGCAGGGCUGGAGGUCGACAAGGAGGAAGAGGUUAGGGCGUAUCCGUUCUAGGAGCGGUGAGCUCGGGAGGCUGCAUGUUUUGGGACUUGGUUGAUGAUUGCGAUACCUCCUUUGCGUUUUUCUUUGCGUCUCGGGAGACUUUCCGUAGAUCUGAUGUAUGGAAUGUUCCGUGUCUUGUCGUCCGGAAUCAAGUUCCCAAGCGAACGCCUUGCAAGUGCAUUUUGACCUUGUUGUGGCGUUUCAUUUUCUAUGAUCGUUUGUUUUCCACUUAGAACUUUCCAAUGGCAGGCUAAUUCAGAUGUGACAG